UUAACCGUUGCGUUAAGCUUCAAUCACCCAAAUUGCCGUCCUCCCGUACCUAUCCAGUACUCACGCUCCCAGGCCCUGGCAGCACGACUCGCCAAAGAUGGCAGCGGAAGAUGCCCCUCUCGUCGUCCUCUUCUUCCUCUUCUACUUCACUUGGUCCGUUCCGGUCCACUCUUCCCGUUCUACCCCUCCCCCUCUUCCCAUUCCGCCCCUCCCCUCCGCCGCCCAGCUCCGUUGGCAGCUGGGCGAGAUGGCCCUCUUCCUCCACUUCGGCCCCAACACCUUCACCGACUCCGAGUGGGGUUCCGGCCGCGCCGACCCCUCCGUCUUCGCCCCCGCCGCCCUCGACGCCCGGCAGUGGGCUCGCGCCGCCGCCGCCGCCGGUUUCUCCCGCGUCGUCCUCACCGCCAAGCACCACGAUGGUUUCUGCCUCUGGCCCUCCGCCUACACCGACUACUCCGUCCGCUCCACCCCCUGGCGCGGCGGCCGGGGGGACGUCGUGGCCGAGCUCGCCAGCGCCGCCAGGGUGUUCGGGAUCGGCUUCGGGAUCUACCUCUCGCCGUGGGACCGCCACGAUCCCUCUUACGGGAAGACGGCGGACUACAACGAGUACUACUUGGGGCAGAUGAGGGAGUUGCUGACUGGCAGUUAUGGAGAUAUUCAGGAGGUUUGGUUGGAUGGGGCAAAAGGGGAGGGUGAGAAGGACAUGGACUACCUGUUUAGAUGCUGGUUUGCACUGAUUCAUCAGCUCCAACCUAAUGCUGUGAUUUUCUCUGAUGCCGGACCAGACAGCAGAUGGAUUGGAGAUGAGAAUGGAGUCGCCAAUUCUACUUGCUGGUCUCUUUUCAAUCAAAGUUCUGUUACAAUCGGUCACACUGAUGAUCAAUAUUCUCAAGGAGGAGAUCCACAUGGGCAUGAUUGGGUUCCCCCUGAGUGUGAUGUGUCCAUCAGACCAGGUUGGUUUUGGCACAGCUCGGAGCAUCCGAAGUCAGCAAUGGCCUUGCUUGACAUAUAUUACAAGUCAGUAGGCAGGAACUGUCUGUUGAUACUGAAUGUCCCACCCAAUUCAUCAGGCCUGAUAUCUGACGAAGACCUUCAAGUGCUGCAUGACUUCACUGCAAUUCGGAGCACAAUAUUCUCCAUUAACUUGGCUCAGAAUGCCACUGUUACUGCAAGCAAUGUGCGUGGAGGUAUGAGUAAUACACACUUUGGUCCCUACAAUGUCCUCCAGCAAGGUAUUUAUGGUUACUGGGCUCCUGAGGAGGGUGAAACAGAUUGGACAAUAUUACUGGACUUAGGUCAAUCCGUAGCAUUUAACGUACUGCAGGUCCAAGAGCCAAUUCAAAUGGGACAGCGAGUUAUUAAGUUUCAUGUUGAUAUUUUGAGAAACGGAAGGUGGACAACAGUUGUAUGUGGCACAACUAUUGGGUAUAAAAGGCUGCUUCAAUUUCCAAUGGUUGAAACUCGGUUUUUGUGGUUCAUCAUUGAUGAUUCGCGUGCCGAUCCAUUGAUCUCAUACAUUGGCAUCUACCUGGACCCCUUUACUGUCAUUAAUGAUCUUCCUAGUACUGUUGUGCACUCUUCUUUCAAUGACACCCAAGCAAUUAAGCUAUCAACAUAUAAACAUUCUGGCAAUGCAAGCAUAGCAACAAUUUAGGAUUCAACAAUAUUUCUUUUAUUGAAGGCUUUUUUAGAGCACCGAAGUCCAAGUAUCUCCUGAAUCCUCCGAAUGUAGGAUCGUACGAGCAGCUAAAAGCAUGGGCAAUAGAUCCCUGCUGUUAGUCUGGGAAUUCACUGGCUCUCCCAAAAGUAUCACUUGAACUCUUGAAGUUUGGUAGCCUGGACCUUGAAGAGGUUUUUUCAAGCAUGCCGAACCAUGUACACACAAAACUUUGGAUCUAAACACUUGCAAAGUUAAAUUGAUCUUUCUUCCAUCAGUUGUCUGAAAUUUGUGGUAUUUCCCUUUGUUAAUGCAAUCACUGACGUUGCUCAUCCUGGUGCUAUGGAAGCAGCAACAGAAGUGUUUGCAUUGUAGGUGGAAGUAUUUUGAGCAUCUUAAGUGUUUGCAAUGGAAUAGAAUUUAUAUGUA